ACCGGCAGACGCUAAGCUUGUUUCGUAUUUCAAUGUGAUAAAUGAUUUUGAUAGGCAUGGUUAUAUCGUUUUUUCGUUGUGUUAUUUUUUCUCUUUAACUUAAAGCUGAAAUUUGAAUUCAUCCAUAUGACUACUGCAGCUAUGGCUACUCCACAUAAUUUCUAUGCCGUGACGGCUCAUAAGGCCUCAGCGGUAGUAGCAAGCCUGUCUGGUAUGAUAUUAACUUUUUCUUAAUUUUUGCAUGUUCAUGUUACUGAUGAUUGUUUUGUCAUAUAGACUUGUAUAAUUAAUACUUGUCUUGUCGAUUUUAUGUUAAAAAAAAAAAUUACAUUGGAAAAAAAAAUCCUGAAGUUUGGACAUUUUGGUUUUGAAUGUAAACCAAUAUUAUAAUAUGUACUUGGUGAUAGUUGUAAGCAAGGUUUUGUUUUUUUGAUUUAAAUACGUUAGAAUAAGAUUCAUUUCAGUUGAUUUAAAAAAUUAGUGUUCAAUCCAUGACUAUUAAAAAGUUACAUCUUCCUGUAUUGAGUUAUAAUAAUUUAUUUAUAAUGACCAGCAGAGGGUUAAAUCGCUACUUAUAGCCACUUAUAGUUACCUUGCUAUGGCCAUUUAUUUUUAUUUUAUUUAUUGAUAGUGUAAUUUUGUAAUUUGAUAUUCCAUGUGUUAUAUGCAUUUAUAUUAGUUGAUUUACUGGAUGAUAUCAAUUAUUACAAAAACACAGUUAACAUAGGAUGGCCUUAAAACAGGCAAAUGUAAUUUUAAAAUAUUAAUACUUAUUUUUCUCUCCAUAAUAUUCAUAAGACUUUGAAAUUCAAACUAUGUAUAGAUGAAGUUAUAAUUUAUUUCUGGUUUAAUUUUGAAUUUUUUUCAAUAACCAUAGAUAGAUUGAAUUAAAUAUUAACAGAAGUUCUUAGGAUAGUCAUUGGUGGUGAUUCUGCUCUAAUAUUUACUCAUUAAAACAAGUAAUUAUAGUUACAAACCUUACAUUUUUAAUUCACAGAUAAACCAUUAUAUUUUUAAAGUUGAAGAUAGUUUUUUGACUUUCAAGCAUGGUCUUUUUAUAUUUAUCUCUCAUCUCUCACUUGAUAGUCGAUAAUUUGAACACAUGCCAGCUUAUCUAUUUAUUAUAAAAUCAAUGGUUAACAAUUUAAAUUAUUAUGUUUAUAUAAUUUAUUUGUGUUUUUAGCAAACUUCACUUCACCAACUGACCGUAAUUUACUUAUUGCAAAGUUUAAUCGUGUAGAAAUAGUCAUGGUCAAUGAAGAAGGUUUGCACCCAAUUAAAGAAGUAGCAUUAUAUGGAAAAAUUGAAAUAAUGAAAGUUUUUAGGCCUAAAGUAUGAUAAUAAAUUAUAUUAAAAUUAUACAGUUCGGUAAUAUUCAUUUUUCUUCCUUUAGAACAAGGAUAAAGACUUACUAUUUAUUGUAACUGCCCGAUAUAAUACUAUGAUAUUAGAAUGUGUUCAAUCACCUAGUGGCGAUAUUGAAAUUAUUACACGAGCUCAUGGUAAUAUAUCAGAUCAAGUUGGGAAAGUAUCUGAGAUUGGUACCAUGGCUGUUAUUGAUCCUAGUGCAAGAGUAAUUGGGCUAAAAUUAUAUGAUGGAUUAUUUAAAAUUAUACCUUUGGAUAAAGAAGGUGAACUUAAAGCUUACUGUUUAAGGUAAAGUAUAUAAUAUUUAUGUAUUGGUUUUCACUUGUGUGUAUAAAUUUGACAUCUUGUUAAUGUUUUCUUUUUCAAUUUAUUACUUUUAACUAUUGUUUAUUUAUAAUAUGAAUUUAUGAUUCCUAAUUCAUCAUUGGUCUUUAUUCUUUUAUUUUAUUUUAGAUUACACUUCAUCAUUAUUAAUUUAUGAUCUCUAUCUAAAUCGACUCCUGGGUAACUCCUUAUGGCAUUCACCUAGUUUCUGAAUAUCUUUUUAACCAUACUUAUAAACUAUCUGUUAUGUUUCUAUGUCUCCCAGCAUUUUUCAAGUAUACCUUCUUGGAUUAUAUUAUUAUUAAACCCAGUAUUAAUUUAUUUUUUGAAGAGAACUCUAUUAGUCUGCCACUUCAUUGUAAAAAUCUCCAAUUUCAUCAUUACAAUUGUAUAAGAUAGGUAUAUAGGUUUAAACUAUAAUUGUAGGUUAGUAUAAAUAAUUUGUGUUGAAUUCUACCCUAAUUUUUCUACCUAUAGUUAAAUGACAGAUAUAAGAUACUAUUUUGUGAUAAAUAAUUUUAAUAGUUAUUUAUGAUUUAAUUUUAGGAUGGAAGAAUUGGAAGUACAAGAUAUUGAUUUCUUGUACGGCUGUGCUAAUCCAACUAUUAUUAUAAUCCAUCAGGAUAAUAAUGGUCGACACAUUAAAGCUAAAGAGAUAUCUAUCAAAGAUAAAGAAUUUGUGAAGGUAAAGUUGUAGUUGUGUAAAAAAAAUAAUAGCUAUCCAUUUUUUUUUGUGUGUUAAUUAGACUCCUUGGAAACAAGAUAAUGUUGAAACAGAAGCUUCACUGAUUAUUCCUGUUCCAGAACCUAUUUGUGGUGCCAUUAUUAUUGGUCGAGAAUCAGUCCUAUAUCACAACGGUACAUCUUUUAUUGCCAUUUCUCCUCCUGUCAUAAAAGUAAUGUACAAAAUCAAUUUAUUUUUGAAAAACAAUUUUUAAAAUGUUCAAGUCUUUAAUUCUUUAUUUAUUUAUAGCAGAGUACAAUAGUGUGUUAUGCUAGAAUAGAUAAAUUAGGUGCAAGAUAUUUACUUGGCGAUAUGGCAGGCCAUUUGUUUAUGUUAUUAUUAAAUUAUGAUGUAAAUCCAGAUGGAACAUAUAAAAUGAAAGAUCCAAAAGUUGAUUUAUUGGGUUAGUUACUAAAUAAUAUUAUUAAUAUAGGCCAGUUCUUUUAUCAUGAUUCAUUACCAUUAUUGUGAAUCAAUCUACUCUGGUCUACAUUUUAAACCCUUUUAACUGAUAAAUGGUAAAUCCAAUAUUAGUGUUUGUAUACACAAUUUUUAGAAAAAAAUUUUUUUUAUUCUUCGUUAAAAAAAGGGGUUGACAUGAAGAUUGAAAAAUCAAGUUUGUUUUAUUUUAUGGUAUAAGAAGUAGGAAUAGAAAUUUAAAAAUAGUGUUAAACCUUAAACAAUUUUAUUGAAAAAUGAUUUAAAAUGACUGAAUCAUGAUGAAAGAAUCACUCUGUAUUAUUAAGAGUUUUAAUUUUAAUAAACUAAUAAUAAUUUUCAGGAGAAAUUAGUAUACCAGAGUCAUUAACAUACUUGGAUAACAAAAUAAUUUAUGUUGCAUCGAGAGUGGGCGACUCUCAACUUAUCAAACUCCAUAAGAAGCCUGAUAAUACUGGUUCACAUUUAACAAUUAUAGAUACAUAUACAAAUUUAGGUCCUAUUGUUGACAUGUGUGUCAUCGAUUUGGAACGACAGGGUCAAGGCCAAGUUGUUACUUGUUCCGGUUAGAUUAUAGUUAAUUAUUAUAUCUGCUAAGUUUAAUUAUUAACUUUUUCUUUGUAUUUAAGGAGCGUAUAAAGAAGGAUCUCUCAGAAUUAUACGAAAUGGAAUUGGAAUCCAGGAAGUCGCUACAAUUGAAAUGAAUGGGAUUAAAGGAAUGUGGCCGUUAACUGUUACUAUUGAUAGUGUUUUAGAUGAUAGUUUAGUUUUAUCAUUUGUUGGACAUAGUAAAGUUUUGACAUACCAAGGUGAUGAAGUUGAAGAAAUUGAAGUAGAAGGUUUUCAAUCAGAGUUACAAACAUUUUACUGUGGUAACUCAUUGGAUAAUAAAAUGGUCCAAAUAACAUCUGCUAGUGUUAGACUUAUUUGUCUAAAAAAAAGGUGUUUAGUCAGUGAAUGGAAGGUACCUGUUGGUGAAAGCAUUAACGUAGUUUCGUGUAGUGGCCAAACGGCUGUUUGUGCUACAGGAAACAGUUUAUAUUACAUACAAAUUGAAACUGAUAAAGUUCUUAAAAAAGGGUAAAAAUAAUUCAUUAUUUAUACAUUUUUUUUCCGUAAUAAUAUUUGGUUAUUCAUUUUUAUUUUAUGCACCUAUAUAGGUUUAUUAAUUUAGAACAUGAAGUAUCUUGUCUUGACAUUUGUUCAUUUGAAAAUGAAGGAAAGUCUACAAAUUUGGUAGCUGUUGGUUUAUGGAUGGAUAUAUCUGUAAAAGUAUUUAAACUUCCAGACUUUGAAGAACUUGUUCGUGAACCUUUAGGCGAAGGUUAAUAAUGUAAUAUUUAUUUAUUUUUACUAUUUUUUUUAAUAUAUUUUUUUUUUUUUUAAUAUUUACAUAUAUAUAUAGAAAUUAUACCUCGGUCAAUAUUAAUGGUGACUUUUGAAAAUAAAAAUUAUUUAUUAUGUGCUCUGGGAGAUGGUAGCUUAUGUUAUUUCCAUUUGAACUCUAAAAAUGGUGUAUUGAGUGAAAAGCGUAAGGUUAGUAUUUAUAUUAAAUUAUUAUUAUUUUUAUUUAUUAAAUAUUAAUUUAGGUUAAUCUUGGCACUCAACCUACAUUAAUUCGAAAAUUUCAAUCACUUUCUACCACAAGUGUAUUUGCAUGUUCAGAUCACCCAACUGUAAUCUAUUCAUCAAACAAUAAAUUGAUUUUCUCAAAUGUAAAUCUGCGUAAAGUCAAUCAUAUGUGUUCACUUAAUACUAAAAGUUUUCCAGAUAGGUAAGUAAUGUUUAUUUAUAAAUAUAUGAAUGUGGUGAAUUAUGCUUCUGAUCUCAUAAUUAUUUUAAUUCUCUAUACAAUUUUUAUAUUUAAGUAACUUAAUCGUUUAUUAAUUUACUUUUUAUAACUUGUAAUAGAGAGUAGAAAAUAUUUUUAUUAUUAUUGUUACUUAAAAUAGUUGAAAACAAAAGGCAGUCAAUGUAGUUUCUUUAUAAAAUGUCACUAUGUCAAAAAAAAUUCAAAAUCAGUAACAAGUCAUCUUGAAUAUAUUUUUUUAGAUUUGAAAUGAAUGAUUCAUAUAGAAUUUAAAUUGGUGUAAAUUAAAUUACUGAAAUUUUAUGUUAAUUUAUAUCCACUCUAUAGUACAGAUUUUGCACUGUGUUUUUACAUUCAGUGCUGAAAAAGAUUUAAACAUGCAAAACUCAAUUUUAAUGCAGAAGUUAGGUUUUAUCAUUAUUUUUCACUUAAAUGGAAACAUUUUAUUUGGGUUUCUUUAAACAAGUUCUUAUUAGUCAUUGAACAUAAUAUAUUAAUAAUAUAUUACACAAUAUCCUACCCUCAUAUAAACAUUAUUAAGUUGUAUUUCCUUGAUUUCAUAUUAAAGUUAAUUUUAAUUCUUAGUUUGGCUAUGGCUACUGAUAAUUCUAUUAUUAUUGGUACAAUUGAUGAAAUGCAAAAACUGCAUAUACGCACUGUUCCUCUUGGAGAAGCUCCGAGACGAAUAACACACCAAGAGUCCACCAAGGUAUAUUUAUUCAGUAUUAUUUACUACUUUAUUUGAAAAAUAAUAAAUAUUUUUAUUUUUUAGUCCUUUGGUGUAAUAACAAUGAGAAUAGAUGUUCACGAAGGAAUAAAUGUAGUUCCUGCAAGAAUUAGUGCUAGUACUAGUGCGCAGAAUAUUACUAAUGGAGGUAAUCAUCGUAGUAUUCCACAUACUACAUCAACAACUAAUAAUACUCAAGGUCCAUUAAGUAUCGGAAGUAAUGAAUAUGGUCUUGAAGUUGAAAUACAUAAUAUGCUUAUACUGGAUCAAAAUACAUUUGAGGGUGAGUAAAAAACCUAUAACAAAAUGCAAUCUUAACAAGAUGUAUUUAUAUUAUAAUUUAUUUUCUAAUAUAAAAAUUAGUACUCCAUGCAUAUCAAUUGAAUUCAAAUGAAUACGCAUUAAGUAUCAUAUCAGCUAAAUUGGGAGAUGAUCCAACUAUUUAUUAUAUAUUGGGUACAGCUGUUGUAAACCCCGAAGAUCAAGAUCCUAAAUUAGGGCGCAUUCUUAUAUUUAAUUGGGAUGAUUCGUCAUCAAAAUUAACACAAAUAACUGAGAAAGAAGUAAAAGGUGCAUGCUACGCUCUUGCUGAAUUUAAUGGCAAACUUUUAGCUGCAGUUAAUUGUACAGUAAGUUGAGUCAUUUAUAUUAUAAUAUGUAUUUAUAUAACGGUAUAUAUGUCAAAACAUUUUAAAAUAAUAAAAGGGUUAUAUUAUUUUUACUGGUAUUCUAAAAUUUAUUUUAAAAAUUGUUAUGAUAGGUACGAUUAUUUGAAUGGACAGCUGAAAAAGAAUUGAGACUUGAAUGUAGUCAUUUUAAUAAUAUUGUCGCAUUAUUUGUGAAAACAAAAGGUGAUUUUAUUGUUUGUGGUGAUUUGAUGAGAUCAUUAACAUUGUUACAGUACAAAACCAUGGAAGGUAGUUUUGAUGAGGUAAUAUAAUUUAUAGUAAAAUAUUUACAUUAAUAGUUUAUAAUAAAAUAUUGGUGUGGACAUUUUUAUUUUUUGUUCUCGUAGAUUGCUAGAGAUUACAAUCCAAAAUGGUCAACCGCCAUAGAAAUUAUUGACGAUGAUCUCUUCUUGGGUGCAGAAAAUGAUAAAAAUUUAUUUAUUGCACACAAAGAUAGGUAUUUUAAAAAUGCAUUCAAAAUUAUGUAUUUGUAAAUUAUUGUAUUUGAAUCCAGGCUCUAGUUAUAUAUAUAUAUAUAUAUAUAUAUACUAUGUUUAUUCUUUUAUUAAACAUUUUUUUAUUUUAGUACAUUAGCAAAUGAUGAGGCUCGACAUCAACUUCAAGAAAUUGGUCAGUUUCAUUUGGGCGAUCUAGUAAAUGUUUUUAGACACGGAUCAUUAGUAAUGCAACACUUUACGGACACAUAUGUAUCAGUUCAAGGAGGUAUUCUUUAUGGAACAUGUAGCGGAGCUCUAGGUAAUAUGAAUAAUUAAAAAAAUGUAUGUAAUGUAUUUGUUUGAUUUAUUGUAGUUUUGUUGUAUUAUUUUACAAUUAUUAAAUAUAGUAAUUAACUGGUCAUAAUAUAAUCGACAAUUAAAUUGUAAAAUAACCCAUUUUCAUUUUAAAUUGGCAAAUACUGGUGUAAUUAUUAAUUAUUGUUUUUAAAAUUUCACUAUUUGAAUGUUAAAAACAUAAAGUAGUACCUCUAAAUACACCUGAGUUGAUUUAUUAUUUACUUAUUGAUUGUUACAAAUAUAUCAAUGAUUUCACAAAAUCAGAAACUCAACUAAAACCUUUGAUAUCCAACAAUUUAAAUUCUAGUGUCUUUUUGAAAUAUAGUGUGUGCUUUUUGUUCUAUGGAAGUAAGUGAAUGUUGUUUAAGUCAAAUGCUGUAAUUAUAUUUUAAUAAUUUCCAAGCCUUAGAUUCAUUAUUCAUUCUUAUAUUAGGCUUAAUAUUGAUCUUGGUUAAAAAAAAAAGUAACAUAUUGUUGCAAUAUAAAUUUUAUAACAACAAGAUGAUCAUUUUUUGUCACCUUUAUAAGUUUUACUUUAGGUUUUAAGAUUAUAACAUAUGAUUAAUUAAGGUUGUGUUAAAAUAAAUUCAAAUAGUUAAUGAAAUGGUUUAAAUAUUUUUUUUUUUUUAUGUUAGUAUUUAAUUUGUAUAUUUGAUUUGUUAUUAUUAGGAUUGGUUACACAGUUAACUCCAAAAAUGUUUGAAUUCCUGUCAGAUUUAGAAAGAAGUUUAGCAAAUGUGAUUAAAGGAGUGGGUAAAAUUAAACAUAGCUAUUGGCGAAGUUAUAAUACAGAAAUAAGAACUGAUCCCUGUGAAUCAUUUGUUGAUGGAGAUUUGAUUGAAUGUUUCCUAGAUUUAUCAAAACCUGAUAUGAUUACAGUCGUUAAUGGACUCAAGGUAUAGUUUUAAUUUUUGUUAAUAUUAAAAAUUAAAAUAUUUAAUCUUAAUUUAUCUCUAAGAGAAUGUAUUUUCGCCACUGAUAUAUAUAUAUAUAUAUGUUGUUUUAAUUUUAUCAGUACAAAAUUUAAUUUUAAUUAAAAGCAAAUUAACCUGAACAAAUAACUAUGGUGAAACUAAAAUUAUUAAAAUUUUCUUAUUAUACUAAUGUACUAAAAUAUCAAUGUUUUAUAUUUAAUCAAUUUUAAAAUUGUCAGUCUCAAAAUUUUGUUUUAGCAUCUUUUCAUUAUCUAAAGUUAGCUGUUUAAUACCACUGAUUACUGAUUACCACCUUAUUACUAUAAUUCUUCUGUUGUUUAUAUUGUAUGUUUUUGAGUUUAAUUUAUUAUUAUUAAAGAUUAAAGGUAGUAACAUUACCUUUCAUAUUUAAUACUUAUUAUAGUUUUUUUAAUUUUCUAGGGAACUUAUGAUAGUCAAUUCAAAAAAACUAUGAAAGAUACGAAGAUUGGUCUAGACGAUGUUAUCAAGCUCGUUGAAGACUUAACCAGAAUUCACUAAGCAUAUUUUAUACUUAACACAAAUCUUACUGUAAUAAAUUAUAAUUUUUGUAUUACUGUUAUUCUAAUAGUUUUACAAAAAAAAAUAAAAUAUAUAUAUAUACAUAUAUGUACAUAUAUUAUGUGCUCCAUAAAUUAAUUUAUAAAUUGUAUGUAAUUUUCUUAUAUCUUUUAGGAUUAAAAAUGUUUGUUUUGAAGUUGGCAAUAAUGUUGUUUUUUUCUUAGUAUAAUUAACUACAAUUAACUAAUAAGUUUUAUAAGCUAUUUCACUUUUUUAAUACAUACUGUAAUAUUUAACUUUUUUUUUUUUUUUUUUAGAAAAAAAAUUGCUGUAAUAUU